AGCCUGAAAGUUUUCGAGCAUUAAAUACCAGUAAGCAACAUUCCUAAUUGCUCAUUCGGCUCUCACUCUUCAUUUAUCAAGUUUCAGAUCUGAAAUUUCAAGGGAAUAACUAAUGGCAGAAGAAGAUGUAAAGCUCAUCGGGUUGUGGGCGAGCCCCUUUGUCGUGAGAGCAAGAAUUGCUCUAAAUCUGAAGGGGAUCGAGUACGAGUUUCUCGAAGAAGAGCACGGAAAGAAGAGCGAGCUUCUUCUUAAAUCAAACCCUGUCUAUAAGAAGUUCCCUGUACUCAUCCAUGGCGGCAAGCCCAUCUGCGAGUCCCUUCUCAUCGUCGAAUACAUCGAUGAAGUCUGGCCCUCUUCAGGCUUUCCCAUCCUUUCUGCCGACGCCUACGACCGCGCCAUCUCUCGCUUCUGGGCCUCCUACAUCGACGACAAGUUCACUUCUCAGAUUCGGGUGUUGAUGUGGAAUGAGGAAGAGAAAAGCAAGGUAGAAGCGGAGGAGCAACUCUUUACCGCACUGCUGCUGUUAGAAGAGGCUUUCGUUAAGUGCAGUAAAGGGAAGUGCUUCUUCGGCGGCGACACCAUUAACUUGCUCGACAUCGCCCUCGGUUCCUGCAUUAAUUGGCUAAAAGCUGUCGAAAUUAUAACGGGAAAAAACUUUCUAGAUAAGACGAAGACUCCGCGGUUGGUUGAGUGGGCGGAAUGCUUCUGCUCCGCCGAGGCCUCGAAGGAGGUGCUUCCUGAAGCUGAAAAACUGGUGGAGUUCAGAAAAUUUUUGAAGGCCGCCAGUCGUGCUGCUGCGGAUCCUUCAUCCAAAUGAAUUCUUACUUUCAUGAUUACAUUUUAUGGAAUCUGGGUGUCGAAGAAAAUUUAGAUUGAAAUUGCAGGAAAAUUAUUAUUGAGAGCGAGAGAGAGAUAUUUCUUGGCAGGGGCGGAAACUGUGCACUGCUUAAUAUUAAUUAUUAUUUGUAAUUGGUCACGCCUGAAUUUCAUUUUUUGCCCAAAGUUCACUUUUUUUUCACAAUUUGUCCCUAAAAAAAUUGGAAAAUCUCUCGACUUCUCGUUA